AUGUUUAGAAAAGUCGCUGUUGGAAUAUCAGGUGGUGUAGACAGUGCUGUAGCGGCUCUUCUACUUAAACGAACUGGAUUCCAAGUGGAAGGUGUUUUUAUGAGAAAUUGGGAUAACAAUUAUGAAGCUGGAUUUUGUUCAGAUCAGCGAGAUUUUGAAGAUGCAACAUAUGUAUGCCAUAAGCUCAAAAUUCCCUUGCAUAGAGUUUACUUCAUCAAAGAGUAUUGGAACGAAGUAUUCACUGUGUUACUUAAAGAAUAUGAGACGGGCCUCACACCUAACCCGGACAUACUGUGCAAUAGAUACAUUAAAUUUGAUAGCUUUUUCCAACAUUGCAGGAACAAUUUAGGAAUUGAUGCUAUUGCUACUGGUCACUAUGCAAAUACAUCUUUUGGGUCGUUUUUAGAGAGAUAUAACGAAAAUGAAGGAGUCAAAUUACUUCAACCCAAAGAUACCUUUAAAGACCAAACAUUUUUCUUGUCACAAGUGAAGCAAUUUUCUUUAAGGAAAUGCAUGUUUCCUGUUGCAAAUUUACUGAAGAGUGAAGUGAGAUCAUUGGCUAAAUCUGAAGGGCUUAUAAAUGUAGCAAGUAAAAGAGAUAGUACUGGCAUAUGUUUUAUUGGAAAAAAUAAGUUUCAGCAGUUUAUUGAAGAGUAUAUUGAAACUAAAAAAGGACUUUUUAUGGACAUAGAUACGGGACAAGUAGUUGGAGAACAUGAUGGAUUACACAAAUGGACUGUAGGACAAAGGACACAUAUUCCUGGAUACAAAGAUGCUUUAUUUGUCUUCAAGAAAGAUUUAGAGACUAACAACAUUUAUGUGGUAUCUGGUACAAAACAUCCUGCGUUAUGGAACAAUAUAUGUUUUACGGCACCCCCACAUUGGAUUGACAAGGAACCUUUAGAACUAACAUUAAAUCACGUAUUUGCUUGUUACUUUAGGUUUCAACAUACAAAACCGUUAACUCGUUGUAAAGUUGCUAAAAAUCAUGAUGGUCUUACAAUCAUAUUAGAAAAUAAAUUAAGAGCUUUGACAGAAGGACAAUUUGGAGUGUUAUAUAAAGAUGGAGAAUGUCUUGGAAGCGCAAAAAUGCGACAUAUCUGUCAUAAUUUAGUGUACUAA